AUUCAUACCCACGAGGAGCUGCAUAAAAAAAAAUCGUUCAGAAGUAAACAUCCCAAUUGUGACAGACAAAUAAAAAUCGAGGUUGUUAUCAGUUAAUACCCGUGAUACGGAGCAAUGUCAUUGAGAACACUAUUAUCCAGAAAUUAUUCCACAAUUCUAUGAAUCUCAGAAUUCUAGUUCCGAAAAUGGCAGAAAUCGCUGCUAAUUUGAAUGUCGUAAGAGAAAGAAUCGCAAUCGCAGCUGCAAAACGUCCACAGGAACUCCAAUACUUUCAACCACGUUUGGUUGCUGUAAGUAAGACAAAACCACCGGAAUUAUUGAUAGCUGCUUACGAGGCCGGUCAACGUAAUUUCGGGGAAAAUUAUGUCAACGAAUUAAUUGAAAAAGCUAACAACACUGAUAUUUUCGAAAAAUGCAAAGAUAUUCGGUGGCAUUUCAUCGGUCAUUUGCAACGCAACAAAGUCAACAAAAUUCUCAAAGUACCCAAUUUGUAUUUGAUCGAGACAAUCGACAGUGAAAAACUAGCAACCGCUGUUGAUAAUUCUUGGGAGAAAUUGAGAAGCGAUCAAGAUGCUAAGCUCAAUGUAAUGGUACAAGUAAAUACAAGCAAAGAGGAAGAAAAGCAGGGCUGUGAAAUCGAAGAAACUUCAACGGUGGUUAAACAUAUUAUAGAAAACUGUAAAAAUCUAAAUUUUAUGGGCUUGAUGACGAUCGGCGCUUACGGUUACGACCUUGCGAAUGGGCCAAAUCCUGACUUCAUUACAUUGAAAGAUUGUAGAGAAAAUGUGUGCAAAGCUUUGGGGUUGGAGAUGAAAAACGUUGAAAUUUCUAUGGGAAUGUCGAGCGACUACGAGCAUGCAAUUGAGGUCGGCAGUACAAAUGUGCGGGUGGGCAGCUUUAUUUUCGGCGAACGGCAGAAGAAAACGUAAAAAAAAUAAAAAACGAAAAAAGAAAUUCCUCAGCCAACUUCCAACAACAUUAAAUUAUAUAUAAAGUUUGUUGUUAUUACGUAAUUAGAUAAAUACGUAUCGCAAAUAAGUUUUAAGAGAAAUACGUAUUUUAUUAAAAAAUUCAGUGAAAAAAGCGGAGAUUCCAAAAAUUCUGAGAAAAUAACGAAUACCCUGUUACGUACUAUCAAUUCAUUUGUUAUAAGAAUUUCGCAAUCGGCUCAAAAUCAUGCAUCAACGUUAAUCUCACGGGUAGAUUCGCUCUUCUGGUGUUCUGCCAAAAUUUAUAUAAAGUUAUUGUCAGCUUCAAUGAUCGAGAAAAAAAAUUUCAGCUUCUGUGUAAUUGACUAUUAGGAGGUAACAGCAUAAAUGAUUGUUAUCUACAUUGUGUUUACAUUCGAAUUUUUCAUGCGUAAUGUCGAUUAUUUAAAAAAAACAAAGAAUUUCAGAAAAAUAUAAUGAAAUGAUUCAUAACCGAUGAAGUCGUAAUGAUGCUGUCAUAAGCGGACCAUUUUUCAAAAUACGCCGAGCAUGUUCGUUGAAGGAAAUUUUUUGCUGGACUGAGAAGAUCCAUUUAUUUUGGAGCAUCUCUUGCAGAAAUCUUAAAAGUGAAAAAAAUCAUAAGCUUCAAUGGACGCCAAGAAAAUCUAUAGUGACAAGAUCGAAUUUGAAUGAAUACUAUAGAAAAAAAGUAACGUAAGUAAAAGAACUCAUUUCAUAAAGGUACUUGUCUUGAGUCCCUACUUCGACUUUGGAUAUGUGAUCUCAGGUCUCGACAAUAAUACGAACGAGGUUCAACUCCCUGAUAACAUUAUUGAGCCGUAAUAUACUGUAAAUCACAAAGUACACAAGUGAAACGAUGAUAAAUAAACGCGAAUAAAUAAAUCCAGGAAGUGGUGAAAAAAAUA